AUGGAACUUAAAGAACAAAUACCAAAUGACCUCCUACAACUGAUAAAAAGUUCCAAGUACGUCCAUGUAGCGACAUGUUCAUCAAAGUGUAUACCAUCGGUUUCCUUGAUGCAUUAUAUAUUCGUUUCAUCAGGAGAAACUUUUCAUAAACACGAGUAUGGUAUAGAUUCAGAUCGUAAUGAUUACAUUAUAUUUACGGCUUUCGAAAAAUCAGUAAAGUUUCGGAAUGUUAUAGAGAACCCAAAUGUCGCUUUAUUAUUUCAUGAUUGGAUUACUGCUAAAAACUUAACCCUUCGAAAGAAAAGUAUACAUGACGAGAAAUGUUUCUCUGGACAACCAGGAUCUGCAAAGUUGAACGAUUUUUUACGAGAUUUAAACCAAAAUGAACUGAAUCAAGUAAGUGCCACCAUUAAUGGUAUUGCGGAUAUAGUCGACCCUGAUAGUGAAGAAUCCACGUACUAUAGGCGGUUAUUAUUAAAAGCUAACCCAGAUGCGGAUAUUUUUAUUCUGGGCGAAGAGACUGCCAUAAUUAAAGUCAGAAUUCACAAAAUUAAAGUGUCUGAUAUGGAAAAUAAUACAUCAGUUUAUGGUCAAACCGCAAAACUCGGUUCAACGUAG